GGGGCGGAGGGCGGCGACCUGCAGUGUUUUAGGAAGAAGAUCAUUUUACUGAUUUUGUUCCCGAGCUGACCAGGUCUUACUUGGCGAAGGUUGUACUGGUGGAGUGUCCCAAGAAAAGAAGAAAACUGUUCGUGCAGCAAAAUAAUGAUGGUAGAUCUGAAGGUGGCUGACUGUUUGAACCCUCAGAUCAGGGUUCUGUCAGAAAGCAAGGGGCCUGUGAUAGAGAGUUCCAGUCACAGUAAGAAAUGUACCGCACAAACGGACAAUCCCAGUCCUGAAAGCUGUCGCCAGCACUUCCGGAAUUUCUGCUAUCAUGAAGCAGCAGGACCCCGUGAAAUUGUUGGACAACUUAAGGAAUUAUGCCGUCAGUGGCUCAGGCCAGAGCUCCACUCUAAAGACCAGAUCUUGGAACUGCUUGUGCUAGAACAGUUUGUGACCAUUCUACCCAGGGACACCCAGAGCCGGAUAAGGAAGGACCAUCUACAGAGCAUUGAGGAGGCUGUGGCCAUGGUAGAGCACUUGCAGAGGGAAUCUGGUCACGCGAGGAAUGGGGUUGCAGUCCAAGAGCUGGGAAAGGAGGCAGUGCUCUUGGGAGAAACAGCAGAAUCUCAGCCAGUGGGCAUGUCCCAGGAUGAAGAAUUCUGGAAAACAUACCAGGGUCUGCAAGAACAGCUGAGCGGGAGUACUCAUACAGGAACUGAGCCUGUAUGUGAGAGGGCUGUGCCUGCUCACCAGAUCCUAGCAUUUCCUGUGUGGACAAACACUAAAGACUGGACCGUGGCACCUGAGCUCGUGUUGCCUGAGUCCCAGAGCUUGUUGACAUUUGAAGAAGUGGCCAUGUAUUUUUCCCAGGAGGAAUGGGAGUUACUGGAUCCCACUCAGAAGGCCCUCUACAAUGAUGUAAUGCGGGAAAACUAUGAGACUGUCAUCUCUCUAGCAUUAUUUGUGCUCCCCAAACCUAAAGUGAUCUCCUACCUAGAGCAUGGGGAAGAGCCAUGGGUUCAAGGUUCCUUGGAGUUCAAGAACAGUCCUGGAGAGCUGCCUUCAGAGUUAAAGGUCAAAUCUGACACUGAAAACCAUCAGCCUGUGUGUCUUUCUGACUUAGAAAUACAAGCGCCAGGAGACAUAGUAUCAAAAAAGACCCGGGUGAAAGUUCCCCAGAAGACAACAGGCAAAGAAAAUCAUGGUGAUGCACAGAAGAUGGGGAAAUGGCAAAGAGAUUUUCCCGUGAAGAAAAGAAAGAAACUUUCAACAUGGAAACAAGAGCUGCUAAAACUUAUGGAUCUCCACAAGAAAGCUCGUGCUGGAGAGAAGCCAUUUAAAUGCCAGGAAUGUGGGAAAAGCUUCAAAGUUAGCUCUGACCUCAUUAAGCACCAAAGAAUUCACACUGAAGAGAAACCGUAUAAGUGUCAGCAGUGUGAUAAGAGGUUUAGAUGGAGUUCAGAUCUUAAUAAGCACUUAACAACACACCAAGGAAUAAAACCGUACAAGUGUUCCUGGUGUGGGAAAAGCUUCAGUCAAAAUACAAAUUUACAUACACACCAAAGAACGCACACUGGAGAGAAGCCCUUUACAUGUCACGAGUGUGGGAAAAAAUUCAGUCAGAACUCCCACCUUAUCAAACAUCGGAGAACCCACACAGGCGAGCAGCCAUAUACUUGUAGCAUAUGCAGGAGAAACUUUAGCAGGAGGUCAAGCCUUCUUAGACACCAGAAACUCCACCGCUGAAUGGACAUUUGUCCAUUGUCCUCAUUCUGAAGAAGUUCAUCAAGUGGAGGUUGACCCUGAGAUUUAUGAAAAAUAUAUGAAAUUAUGAAGCAUGAAUAAUUCUUCAUCAGUGGAAAAUUUGGUGAUAUAAAUGUGUUUCACAGGAAUCAAGGUUGACUGCAGGGAUCUCUGUAAGUAGUUUUAUACUACUUACAUUUUUACACGUAGCCUUUGGGGAAUUCCUUAGCAAGAAAGGUGUUGCAGGAACAUUGUCAGUAAGGGAAACAUUUUUGUAGUUGAACCUGAUGAAAUAGCAAAUUCAGCUUUAAAUGGAGAUGCGUACAUGACUCAGUCUUCUGUGACCAGAGAGGGUAGAUACUGUUGGUUUUGCAUUGAAUUCCCAGCCACUUUUAAACACACUGGUAGAAACAUUUGUAGCAUGGUCUUCCAAAAGAAAAAGCAAUAACCUGCAUAUUAAUUGGAUACCAUUGCCUUUAAGGUUGUAAGCUUCCCAAUUUCAAGAGUCCUAUGACACAAAAAUGAGUUCUAUUGUCAAAUUUUCCAAGAACCAAGUUGGAUUUUCUUCCCCUUCCUUGUCAUUGGACACUGUUCCCAACGUUGGACAUACUUAAGUUUCUUCUUGAACAUUUUAGGAAUUUUAGCUCUUGAAUCCUUUUAGCACCAUUUUUACUGUGAUGAAAUACUGUUUACUUCAGCACUAGGGAAUUUGCCAGAUAAAUAAUGCACUAUCUUGUACCUCAUUGGUGGUGUUUGAAAAAGAUAAACAUCUCUAAUGAGAUCAUACGGAAACGGGUUGGAAUGUUUAGCCAUGGAAUACAUGUAAAGAAGAACUUUCUGCAAUAAAAGAGACUAG